ACCGCGCACAGCUACGUGCAAGUCACACGGAGCACCAAAGUCUUCGGAGAUCCGCUCCACUUAACGCCUGCGGACUAAUUCACGAUCUAAUGUUAUCUGGGUUUUUACAUUUAAAAAAAGAAAUCUUGUUUUUGCAAUACUUGGGCGCAUGGUUGCAUUAAGGAUUACUCUUCGUGUCUGUAUUUUUGCUGUUCGCGUUUGUGUCUUUGCGGUCAUAGCAGGAGCGCCAGCCGAAUGAUCACAAACUGAAAAGUCUGGGCACUUUUAGAGGAUUACCGGACCGUCUUACUGCCCGGCAGAAGCAGGAAUCCUCGGAUCGGAUUUGUUGGCAAACCGGUAAAAGACACUAGCUGCGUUAUCAGUAACACAUCAGUAAUAAGAAAUCAGUUUAGAUAAAUGCGAUGGACGAAGGAUUCUCCGUUGGCGUUCCCCAUGGGAAGCGUUGGUUUUUUAUAGCGGACGCUCUGACAUUUUCUUCGUGAAGGAUGUCUACUUCUUGAUCGAAGUAUUUACUCGUCGUCUGCGUCUGAACUAAUACGUAGCUGUCGUUAAGUGCGUUAACUGUCCCACGGACUUAUUUUCGUCUUGUGACUCAGAUUCGCACAUCAGCAAACUUAACGAACCUGUCCUGCAGCCAACCUGUCUUAACCCACAAAAAUACAUGAGUUAAUCCACGGGGAGAAAAUGACUCCCUUCGCUUCUCCGUGGAGUAUUCUCAGCCUUCUGCUCCUGCUGUGCGUGUCUGGGCCGUGCUUCGCCAUCGGCUCCAUGGACGGCGAGCGGUCGGGCGAUGGCAGGUGCCAGGAGAUCGCCAUCCCCCUCUGCAAGGACAUCGGCUACAACCUGACUGUCAUGCCCAACUUAAUGGGCCACGAGGACCAGGGUGAGGCAGCCAUCAAGCUGCACGAAUUCGCUCCGCUGAUCGAGUUCGGUUGCCAUAGCCACCUACGCUUUUUCCUGUGCUCCCUCUAUGCACCCAUGUGCACGGAACAGGUGUCCACGCCCAUCCCCGCAUGCCGUGUGAUGUGCGAGCAGGCCCGACAGAGGUGCUCGCCCAUCAUGGAGCAGUUCAACUUCUACUGGCCAGACUCGCUGGACUGCUCCAGGCUGCCCAACAAGAACGACCCUAACUUCCUGUGCAUGGAAGCUCCUAGCAAUGGGAGCGACGACCCCGCUAAGGGCACCCACACCCAGCCGCCGGACUCGCGGCCAGCUCGCUCCGGGAACAGCCGGGAGCUUCCCGUUAAGGAGAAGGUGGGCAAGGAUACCUGCGGCAACACCGGGAAGUUCCACUAUGUGCAGAAGAGCGAGUCGUGCGCUCCCAAGUGCUCCCCCAAAGUGGACGUGUACUGGAGCCAGGCGGACAAGCGCUUCUCGCUGGUCUGGAUGACCGUGUGGUCCAUCCUGUGCUUCGUCUCCAGCGCCUUCACCGUGCUCACCUUCCUCAUUGACCCGCAGCGCUUCAGGUACCCCGAGCGGCCCAUCAUCUUCCUCUCCAUGUCCUACUGUGUCUACUCCGUGGGCUACCUCAUCCGGCUCUUCGUCGGGGCAGAGAACGUGGCGUGCGACCGCGACGGCGGCGUCCAGUACAUCAUCCAGGAGGGGCUGGAGAGCACGGGCUGCACCAUCGUCUUCCUCAUCCUCUACUACUUCGGCAUGGCCAGCUCACUGUGGUGGGUCAUCCUCACGCUCACCUGGUUCCUGGCCGCCGGUAAGAAGUGGGGUCACGAGGCCAUCGAGGCCAACAGCAGCUACUUCCAUCUAGCCGCCUGGGCCAUCCCAGCCAUUAAGACCAUCCUCAUCCUCGUCAUGAGGAAGGUGGCAGGCGACGAGCUGACGGGCGUGUGCUACGUGGGUAGCAUGGAUGUGAAGGCCCUGACGGGCUUCGUCCUGAUCCCGCUGUCCUGCUACCUGGUGGUGGGCACGUCCUUCCUGCUCUCAGGGUUCGUGGCGCUCUUCCACAUCCGCCAGGUGAUGAAGACCGAGGGCGAGAACACAGACAAGCUGGAGAAGCUGAUGGUGCGAAUCGGCGUCUUCUCUGUGCUCUACACUGUCCCUGCCACCUGUGUCAUAGCGUGCUACUUCUACGAGCGCCUCAACAUGGACUACUGGGAAGUUCUGGCAGGAGAGCAGCGCUGCGCAGAGGCAGUAGGGGGCGGCGGUGGCGGCAGUGAGGAGUGCACUAUGAAGAGCUCCAUCCCAGCUGUGGAGAUCUUCAUGGUGAAGAACUUCAUGCUGCUGGUGGUGGGCAUCACCGGUGGCAUGUGGAUCUGGACCUCCAAGACCCUGCAGUCCUGGCAGAACGUCUUCAGCCGGAAGCUGAGGAAGAGGACGAGGAGGAAGGCAGCAUGCGUGUUCACGGGCGCCGGACCCUACCUGAAGCCUCACCCGGCGCUCAAGGGGCACAAGACAAAGUAUGAGCCUGCAGGACCUCUGGCCACGUGUGUGUGAGCACGUGUGUGAGCACGUGUGCACACACAGCGAACAGGCACAUUUACACGGGACCUCACAGACUCCAAACAUAUACGCACACAAAGCAAAGGAACACGGUUUUGUGGAAUCUCACAGACCCAGACAGCAGUUCCGUUUAUUUUCCAAGACCAAGUUCACAUUUAUUUUAUGCAAACCUCAAAAAACAAAAAAAAAAAA